AUGCCUCCUAAUCGAAACCCACGCCGGAAAAACACUAGCCCGCCGACCGCCGCCGCCGAUCCCAUGGCGGACUGCGUCCUCCCUCUAGACGUCAUCCCCUGCAUCCUCACGCGCCUACCCGUGAAAUCAGUCCUCCGCUUCAAAUCCGUCUGCAAACCCUGGUGCAAGCUCGUCGCCUCCUCAAAAUUCGUCAAAGCCCACCACGACCAGCAGUCCAAAGACCCCCAAAAUCAGGCCGCCGUUAUCUACAGCCUCUCCGGCUUCCACGACCACACCAUGUCCCUUUACAGAAUCAACUCCGGCGAGAAAAAGCCCGUUAGCCUAGACAACCCUUAUCCGGAGAUCUUCUUCAGGAAGGAUUUUCUCAGCGCUUCCUAUGGCUUUAUGUGUAAUGGCCGUCCGCCUCUCGGACAGGGGACUGUUCUCUGGAACCCGAUCUUCUUCAGGGUGGAUUUUGUCGGCGCUUGCUAUGGCUUGCUGUGUACGGGCUGCCCGCCUCUAGGACAGGGGAUUGUUCUCUGGAACCCUGCGAUGAAGCUGUUCAAAUUCGUUGGUCCCUUGAAGGUGGAAUUAGAGGUCCCUGAGAUGGUUUCCCUAGGGUUUGGUUUUGAUUCCAUAAGUGAUGAUUUUAAGGUUGUGAGAAUUGUGUGCCUGGCUGAGAAAAAGAAGGGUAAGAGUAAGGGUGUUGGGGUUGAGGUUUACUCUGCAAAUUCGGAUUCUUGGAAGAAAAUCGAGGUGGGUUUUCGGUUUAAGGUGCUUUCGACCAAGAAUAAUGCCAUUGUGAAUGGAAAUCCGUACUGGGUCUCGAAAAUCGACGAGGAAAGGGGUGCAGGGAGUAGUCUUGGUGAGGCUUUAGUGUGCUUUGAUGUGACAAAAAUGGUUUUCACGAUUUUGCCCCUUUCAGGAUUUAGCCUCCAUGGAGGAGCUGAGGUGCUAUUGGUGGAUUGGAAGGGCUCUCUUGGUGCAAUUGUGUGUGAUAAAAACUUCGAAAGGGUUGAGUCUCUUGAUGUUUGGGUGUUUGAUGAUUGUGAGAAGAUUUGGACCAAGAAUCACACUUUUGGGCCGUUCGAGCUGAAAGUCGAUGGGAUUUUGCAGUGUUCUAACAAUGGGAUGAUUCUUGGGGAGUGCCCUGAUGGCAAGCUGUUUGUGUUAGAUCCUAUGAGUGGAAGUGUUGAGGAGAUUGUUAUCGACGAGGCCCAAAAGCGUUCUUUUGUGAUCAAUGGAUAUACCGAGAGUUUGGCGUGUGUUGAAGAAUGGAAAAGGUAG